AGCGUUUAUAUGAAUAAUAGUUAAUUUUUUAAAAACGUAAAGUGUUUCAUUUAUUAACCUGAUAUGGCUUCAAGUGAGUUGAGUGCCCACGAUAGGGCCGUUUUGAACUGUGUCUUUAACCCCAAUUUACCGGUGGAGGAAAGUGAGCAGGCAGAACCAACGGACAACGAAGAUCUUACCCCAGAAACCCUUACGACCAAAAAAAUGGAACUAGAAGCCAUUAAACUGGCAGAAAAAGGGCGUUUACGAGAAGCCUUAAGCAUGCUAAAUCGAGCAUUAGAGAUUGCCCCUCGAAGACCCUCGUUGUACAACAAUAGGGCUCACGUUUAUCAAUAUUUAAGGCAAUUUGAAGCGGCCCUCGACGACCUAACCGAGUCGAUCAACUUAUGCACGGAGAAACAUCGAAAAACCCUUUGUCACGCUUACUGUCAAAGGGGAGUGCUGCAUAAGAGGGCCAAAAGGACGGAAAUGGCCCGGGAGGACUUUGAAAGGGCCGCACGGUUGGGUAGUAAAUUUGCCAAGGCACAAUUGGUGGAGCUGAACCCCUACGCGGCCCUGUGCAACCAAAUGCUCCUUCAGGUGAUGGAAAAACUGGGAUAAACCCCCCGCAAAUAAAGCGACCCUUCAAAUAUUUACAUUAUAUUCCAUUUAAAUACUUUAUUACUAGCAUAACCCUAAAAGAAAAAAAAAUACUAAUUCUGAAUAAAAGAAAAAAUAAAUGCAUAAACACUC